AUGUCUUCGUACAGCAAGAUCAAGGAGGCGCGCUACCAUGACGUCGAGGCGGGCCGCGGCGGUGGCGCCCUCGUGGCCCCCGUCGCCCUCUUCCGGCGCCGCAAGGCCUACCUCGUGAUGCUCAUCAUCCCGCUCGUCUACCUUGGGCUCAUCUACAGCGGGACCGUGGAAUCGCCUUUUUCCUUUGCCCUGAGCCGCGACCACAACCCUUGGGGCGAGGAUGCGGCCGCCCCGUCGUCGACGGGAGCGAAACCGGCCAUGCUCGACUCGUUGACCGAGCCACUCGCCCAGGUCAACGGGCUGGUCGGCAAGCUGCCGGCGGCGGCUGCUCCUGCACAGCCCCAUCCCGGAUCUCCCUCGUCCUCAUCGUCGUCUGGCGCCGUGCAGAACGCGCUGCUCGACUCGCUUCACCUCAAGGGCACCGAUGCCCUCUCGGCUUUCCGAGACUCGCUCGCCGCUGGCGCCGACCCCGAGGCGGCCAAGGCGGCGGCGGCCAGCCCGCAGCUGGCCGAGCAGAUCGCCGCCCAGGACAAGCGCUUCACCAUCAAGGACGAGGCCACGCUGCUGCUGCUCCAGGCGCUCAAGACGCCCACCUACCUCGUCCCGACCGACUGGAAGGCCGUCUACCUCGACCGCGAGCCCAUCGGCGGCGUGUUUGGCCUGCUCGGCGGCGGCGCCACCAACAAGUUCACCCAGCUCCUUUCCGAAGUCGGCCUCGACGUCGACCCGUCGUCGGCGUCGCACGCCGCCCGCCCCAACGCCCUCUCCGUCUACCGCGAGUCGCGCGCCGACUGGGUCAAGGCGGUGCGCGCCAGCACGGGCCUCGUCGUCUUUUCAAAGAGCUACUGCCCGCACUCGCUCAGGGCAAAGGAGCUGCUGCGCGAGCUCGGCGCCGACUUUACCGCCUACGAGGUCGACCUGCGCUCCGACGCUCGCACCUUGCAGCCCCUCCUGGCCGAGCUGACCGGCCACGCCACCUUUCCGACGGUCCUCGCCCGCGAUACGCUACUCGGCGGCAACGAUGACCUCCAGGCGCUGCAUCGCGUCGACGCGCUCAGGAGCAUCCUCCGGGCCAUCGGCGCGCUCUAG